GAACAAAACACAAGAUCUUCUCUCUCAUCUUUGUAAUCUCCCAUCUUGAACUUUUUCUGUAUCACGCGCAAAAUGGCACACAACAUUCUCCUCAUUGGCGGGCACGGCAAGGUAGCCCAGCUCCUCACGCCUAUUCUUUUAGCCAAAUCAUGGAACGUGACAAGCAUGAUUCGCACUGCUUCACAGCAGCCUGCAAUCGAGAAGCUGGGCCAGGGCCAGCCAGGGAAACUGAGCGUGCUUGUCAGUAGCGUUGCAGAUGUCAAAAGCGAAAAGGAUGCAAAGGGGAUCUUAGACCAAGUGAAGCCUGACUGGGUGGUUUGGAGUGCUGGCGCUGCAGGUAAAGGCGGCGCAGAAAUGACCUUUGCAGUAGACCGCGACGCAGCCAUUGCCUUUACAAAGGCCAGCGUCAACACACCCUCUGUCAAGAAGUUCCUCACAGUGUCUUACCUCGCCUCCCGCCGUGGUCGCGCGCCCUGGUGGACCGACGACGACUGGGCCUCGGCGCAGAAAGUCAACAACGAGAUACUACCAAACUACUACAAAGCCAAGGUUGCAGCUGAUGAAGUCCUUACCAUUCUCUCAAACGACCGCUUAGCAAAAGAAGAGAAGGAUGGCGUGCCCGCUAACGAGCGCUUCUGCGGUAUUAGUUUGAGGCCUGGCACAUUGACCGAGGAGCCAGCGGGCAAAGUCAAACUGGGCAGGAUUGGAUCAGGGGAGAAGGUCAGUCGCGCAACGGUCGCGCAUGUCUUAGUCAAGACGUUGGAGAAGGACGGCGUUAGGGGCUGGGUGGACUUUGUUCAUGGACAGGAUGAGAUUGACGCGGCUCUUGAAAAGUUUGUUGAAGAAAAGAAGGAUAGUGUUGAGGGUGAGGAUUUGAAAGAAAUGAGGGCGAGGAUUGAGAAGUUGUAGCAUUGAAGAGGAGAUAUGUGACAUGAUUGUAUGGUUGAUGAAGGGGAUACAUGGUAGACUGCGUGCUG